GUUUGUUUGCUGUUCUGGAAAAGCUUUAACAGCGGGUGAUCCGUUGACUUCAUUGGAAAACAUCAUUAUUUUGAAAUGAGGCUUGGCUUCCUGUGUCAGUGACCUGUGUAGAGGGAACACGCCGAGUCUGUGCCUGGAUUUUGGAGUCAUAGUUUGGCUACAGCUUAGAUUGUCCCCACAUUAGCAGAGCAGCUGUGGAGGAAGGACAACAUGUCUGGAGGCAGGCUGUGGUCUGGCCUGCUGCUCCUGCUGUCUUUUUUCUGCUCUAGAAGUUCAUCUUGUGGUCUCUCAACACAUGUAGAAAUAGGACACAGAGCUCUGGAGUUUCUUCAGCUUCAAGAUGGACACAUUAACUACAAAGAGCUUCUCUUAGAGCACCAGGACGCAUAUCAGGCCGGGACGGUGUUUCCUGAUGCCUUUUAUCCAAGCAUCUGUAAAAGAGGAAAAUUUCAUGACGUGUCUGAGAGGACUCACUGGACUCCAUUUCUUAAUGCCAGCAUCCAUUAUAUUCGGCAGAACUACCCUCUGCCCUGGGAGAAGGACACAGAGAAAUUGGUGGCUUUCUUGUUUGGAAUCACCUCCCACAUGGUCGCUGAUGUCAGCUGGCACAGCCUGGGUAUUGAACAAGGGUUCCUCAGGACAAUGGGAGCUAUUGAUUUUUACGGCUCUUAUUCUGAGGCUCAUUCGGCUGGUGAUUUUGGAGGAGAUGUGUUGAGCCAGUUUGAAUUUAAUUUUAAUUACCUCUCACGACGCUGGUACGUGCCCAUCAAGGAUCUUCUGAGAAUUUACGAUAAUCUCUAUGGUCGGAAAGUCAUCACUGAAAAUGUCAUUGUUGAUUGCACAUACCUUCAGUUCCUGGAAAUGCACGGGGAAAUGUUAGCGGUUUCCAAGCUCUAUUCCACGUACUCUACGAAGUCCCCAUUUCUGGUGGAACAGUUCCAAGACUAUUUCCUCGGAGGCCUGGAUGACAUGGCGUUCUGGUCCACGAACAUUUACCGUCUGACCAGCUUUAUGCUGGAGAAUGGGACCAGUGACUGCAAUCUGCCCGAGAAUCCUCUGUUCAUCUCCUGUGAUGGCAGGAGGAACCACACCCUCAGCAGCUCAAAGGUGCAGAAAAAUGAUUUUCACAGGAAUUUGACCAUGUUCAUAAGCAAAGACAUCAGGAAGAACCUCAACUACACAGAAAGAGGCGUGUUCUACAGCACAGGCUCCUGGGCCCCGGAAUCCGUCACCUUCAUGUACCAGACCCUGGAGAGGAAUCUGAGGCUGAUGUUUACUGGCAGCUCUCAGACACCUCUGAAGCAUGUCUCCAGCCCCUCAGCCUCCUACACCCUGUCGGUCCCCUACGCCAGGCUCGGCUGGGUCAUGACCUCAGCUGACCUCAACCAGGAUGGGCACGGCGACCUCGUGGUGGGUGCACCAGGCUACAGCCACCCUGGCCGCUUCCAGAUUGGGCGGGUGUACAUCAUCUAUGGCAACGAUUUGGGCCUGCCCCCCAUCGACCUGGACUUAGACAAGGAGGCCCAUGGGAUCCUGGAGGGCUUCCAGCCUUCAGGUCGCUUUGGCUCAGCUGUGGCCGUGCUGGACUUCAACAAGGAUGGGCUGCCCGACCUGGCUGUGGGCGCUCCUUCCGUGGGCUCAGGGCAGCUCACCUACAAUGGCUCUGUGUAUGUCUACUAUGGUUCCCAGCAAGGGAGGCUGUCUUCUUCCCCUAACAUCACCAUCUCCUGCAAGGACACCUACUGUAACUUGGGCUGGACCCUCUUGGCAACAGAUGCAGAUGGAGACGGCCAGCAUGAUCUGGUGGUCAGCUCACCUUUCGCACCCGGUGGAGGGAAGCAGAGAGGGAUUGUGGCCGCCUUUUAUUCACACCCCAGACGGAAUGACAAAGAAUCACUAACUUUGGAGGAAGCUGACUGGAAGGUGAACGGGGAGGAGGACUUCUCGUGGUUCGGAUUCUCCCUUCACGGGGUCACAGUGGCAAACAGAAGCCUGCUGCUGAUCGGGAGCCCGACCUGGAAGAACAUCAGCAGGACGGCACGCUCAAGCCACAAAAAGAACCAAGAGAAAAAGAGCCUGGGACGGGUGUACGGCUACUUUCUCCCAGACCGCCAGAGCGCAAUCACCAUCUCGGGAGAUAAGGCCAUGGGAAAGCUGGGAACCUCCCUGUCCAGUGGUUAUGUGAGGGUGAAUGGGACCCUAACUCAAGUCCUGCUGGUUGGAGCCCCUACUCAUGAUGACGUGUCUAAGAUGGCAUUCCUCACCAUGACCCUGCACCAGGGGGGAGCCACCCGGAUGUACGAGCUAGCCCCUGAGAAGGCGCAGCCUGCUCUGCUCAGCACCUUCAGUGGAGACCGACGCUUUUCUCGGUUUGGUAGUGUUCUACACCUGACUGACCUGGACGAUGAUGGCUUAGAUGAAAUCAUCAUGGCUGCCCCCCUGAGGAUAACGGAUGUCACUUCUGGACUGCUUGGGGGAGAAGAUGGGCGAGUGUACAUUUAUAAUGGCAUGUACACCACCUUAGGUGACAUGACAGGCAAAUGCAAGUCCUGGGUGACUCCGUGUCCAGAGGAGAAGGCACAGUAUGUUCUGACUUCUCCAGAGGCAGGUUCAAGGUUUGGGAGCUCGCUCGUGUCUGUGCGCUCUAAGGGAACGAACCAAGUGGUUGUUGCUGCUGGAAGGAGCUCCUGGGGGGCCCGGCUCUCUGGCGCCCUUCACGUCUACAGCCUCAGCGCAGACUGAAGAUGCUGCUCUCCUCUUCAGCCCUUGAGCCAAGUCUUGAGCCAAAUCAUCUCCAGGAUGGACGAAGCAGUCCUCCGGUGGCGCUAUGGUGAACCUGACAGGCUUCCUAGAAAUAUGGCCAGCUGUGUGUGGACACUGAAGCAGCAGGCUUUGAGAUCAAGUCCCUUCUGAAGCUCUUUUGACUCCUCUGAGCUUGUUGCCUGUGCUUGGGACUUUACCAACCCACCUCCUUUUCUGUGGGGUACCUGUCUCUCUUGCCUAGAAAGGGUAUAAUUAGCUCUUAACACAUCAUAGAAUUGUUCCUAUAAAAAUCCUUGUUAGUGGUGGCUGGUCCUAUUUGGAUCUUAAAUGUACCCCAAAUCUCCUAUGUUGAAGGCUUGCUCCUCAGCUUAAAGGAGGCAGGAACUCUGUAGCAGGACUUUGUUGAAGAAGAGUCAUGCUACUGGGCUGUAUCGGGCUGUGUCCUUCCUUGCCUCUGCGGACACCGCCAUGAGAUGUGCGGCUCUCCUCGGCCACGACACUGCUUCUUUCCCUGACCCAAAGCGACAGGGCCAAGCACCCUGGAGCUGACAUGGCUGGAAACUGUGAGCCCAAAUAAACAUUUCCUCUUUUUAA